GGGGAUCAGGAAGCUGCAGCCCGGCGGCCGCGAAACCAAGACUGCGCAGGGAGGCACGCAGGGUCCAGAAAAUAAAAACUUCUUGGUUCCCACGCCAAGAACCGCUGUAGAUAACCAAGACAACCAUCUCAGAAGUGGAAGUGGAUCCUCCAGCCCAGUCAAGCCUUCAUAUCACAGCCCUGGCUGACAUGCUGACUGCACCCUCAUCAGAGAUCCUGAGCCAGAACCGCCAGCUCAGCUGCUCCCAGAUCCCAGACCCACAGAAAAUGUGCUGGCACGAUGCGCGUGGUGGUGAUCGGAGCAGGGGUCAUGGGGCUGUCCACUGCCCUCUGCAUCCACGAGCACUACCACUCCGUCCAUCAGCCGCUGGACAUGAAGAUCUAUGCAGACCGCUUCACCCCACUCACCACCACCGACGUGGCUGCCGGCCUCUGGCAGCCCUACCUCUCUGACCACGGCAACCCACAGGAGGCGGAUUGGAACCAGCAGACCUUUAACUAUCUCCUGAGCCAUGUCCAUUCUCCAAACGCUGAGAAAAUGGGCCUGGCCCUAAUCUCAGGCUACAACCUCUUCCAUGAAGCUUUCCCGGAACCUUUUUGGAAGGAUACAGUUCUUGGAUUUCGAAAGCUGACCCCCAGAGAGCUGGAUAUGUUUCCAGAUUACAGCUAUGGCUGGUUCAACACAAGCCUGAUUUUGGAGGGGAAGAGCUAUCUGCACUGGCUGACUGAAAGGUUAACUGAGAGGAGAGUGAAAUUUUUCCAGCGGAAGGUGGAGUCUUUUGAGGAGGUGGCACGAGGAGGCGCGGACGUGAUUAUCAACUGCACUGGAGUGUGGGCUGGGGCACUGCAGCCAGACCCCCUCCUGCAGCCAGGCCGGGGGCAGAUCAUUAAGGUCACUGCCCCUUGGGUGAAGCAUUUCAUUAUCACCCAUGACCCAGACAAUGGCAUCUACAAGUCCCCGUACAUCAUCCCAGGGACCCAGGCAGUGACUCUUGGAGGCAUCUUCCAGUUGGGGAACUGGAGUGAGAUAAACAAUAUCCAGGACCACAAAACCAUUUGGGAAGGCUGCUGCAGACUGGAGCCCACUCUGAAGAAUGCAAAAAUUGUUGAUGAAUGUACUGGCUUUCGGCCAGUACGCCCCCAGAUUCGGCUGGAAAGAGAACAGCUUCACUUUGGACCUUCAGUCACAGAGGUCAUUCACAACUACGGCCAUGGAGGCUAUGGGCUCACCAUCCACUGGGGCUGUGCCCUGGAGGCAGCCAAGCUCUUUGGGAAAAUCCUGGAAGAAAGAAAGUUGUCCAGGAGGCCACCAUCUCACCUCUGAAGACUCCAGUGACCACCACCUCCACACAAGGAUUCCUGGCUCCCUUCAAGCAACUAAUCAAGUGUUCCUCUGUAAAAAGUCAGUUACCCCCACCCCACCCUUGACUUCUUUCCACAAGAAGUAUGAGAUGAGAGGAAACCACAAGGUCAAUUCAUAGAGGAGAGUCCAGCCUAACCUGGGGCCUCCUCUGGUCCCUGCAGUCUCUCCACCCUCUCGAGAAUGUUCCACAUCCCAGCCCAGGCUGACAUGAUGAAGAACAUCUUGGGCUGUUAUUCCUUGAGACCUCAGAAGGAAGGAGAGCUCAGAAAAUCAAAGAGGCAAGCUGCCCAGAGCCACAGAACAGUGAGGAUAGUUGAAGUUAAGUCACUUGAUUCCAAGUCAUGCUAACACAUUAAAGAUUCUGGAAAGGCCCGCAGCAAAGACACCUAUCCAAUGUUGUUUAAUCCAGUGCUUCUUAUACCUAUCUGGCCACGAAGACCUUUAUCCAAGAACCCUAAUGAAUGCCACAUAAUACACUUUAGGAAAGGCUGUAGUAGAUUAUGUUGUAGGAAGCUACAUGUACGACUGGAGUGUAGAGGAGGGAGAAGAGGCAUUGAACUUGUAAUACAUGUUGCCUGUUCCACGUCCAGGAUUCCAACUGUCCCCAGUUAUUCACUGAAUGGCCCCAUAGACAACACAUAACCACUGAAGAAGGGCUACUGGAGGGAUAAUCCCACAAGGAACUCCUUCGUAAAGAAUAAAUCUCACCAAGCAUAUUCCUUUUUAGAGGGCAGGAUUAAUGUCUCUCUUAUCUUCCAGCUAUCACUCUCUGAAAGGACAGACUCCCAGGUGGUUCUGAAGUUCUUAAAUGAGCCUAGAGGACACCUUCCCAUCUCCAUCCCUAAUCACCUACCUCAGCCUUUGAGGUUAAAUUUUCAUCUUUCUGAGUUUUUGUGAAAGGAGCCCCGGUGUGCAGUGGUUAAGUGCUCAAAUACUAACCAAAAGGCCAAUGGUUUGAACCCACCAGCUGCUC